AUGGAAUCAAUGGAAACUUUAGCACUUAAGUCCAGUCUUCUCUCUGAAUUAUCCAUGAAACCAAAUCAAAAUAAUCAAAAAGACGAUUUACCGCAAGUUUGUGUCUCGAAUGGUGAUGACUUCUCUGUUGAUGCGUUCCUUGAUCUUUCUAAUAACGAUUCUCAGGCCGAGUUAUCGGAAGAACGAUCGGAAUCCGUAACAUGUUGUCAACCAGCUGGAAUAACAAACAAUGACGGAAACAAUAUGUUUUUUGAUUCAUUGGAUUCGUCUUUUUUUCCAAACGAAUACAAAUAUCAGAAGGAUGAUUUUGAUAACUUAGAGUGGUUAGCAAAAUUUGUAGAGGAUUCCGACUCAGAAUUCACUACCGGAGUUCUAAGUUGUAAGCCAACAGCAAUCAAACCGACAAUAAUUCAGAAGAAACCAAUGCUAAUUCAGAAGAAGAGUUAUCCAGUUUCGUGUUCUAAUUUAUCAUUGCCGAUGAUUCAGAAGGAUCUAGGAAAGGUGAAGACUAGAUCAAAGAGAGGAAGAAGUUGUGGAACAACAUGGUCAUCUUCAUCAUCUUCGUCAAACCAAGACUUGAUGGAGUUGAUACCUGAGGCGGAGCAGAAGAAGGUAUGCAAACUUUCAGAAGAAACCGAAAAUGAAACGGUUGGAUUAACGCAGAUACUGAGACGAUGUUCGCAUUGUCAAGUGCAGAAGACUCCGCAAUGGAGAAGAGGUCCGUUUGGUCCGAAAACGCUGUGUAAUGCAUGUGGAGUUCGGUUCAAAUCCGGUAGACUUUUUCCUGAAUAUAGACCAGCUUGUAGUCCGACGUUUUCCGGUGAGAUUCAUUCUAAUAGUCAUCGGAAGGUUUUGGAGUUGAGAAAGAAUACCUAUGAUGGAUUAGGUACGAGUUCAUCUCCAAAUGCUUCAAACUUUUAUUAG